AUGGCGGAAAUGCUGAGUGGAAAAGGGUGGAAGGCUGAGGAAUCCUGUAAGUGCAAUGGCUGGAAGAACCCCAACCCGCCUCCCACGCCGCCGCGGGCCGAGCUGCAGCAGGCGGGGGUCAGCCUGGCCGAGCCCUGCCGCAGCUGCAACCACGCGCUGGCUGCUCAUGUUUCUCACCUGGAGAAUGUGUCUGAAGAGGAAAUGAAUAGGCUUCUGGGGAUUGUGUUGGAUGUGGAGUAUCUGUUCACCUGUGUCCACAAAGAAGAAGAUGCAGACACCAAGCAAGUUUAUUUCUACCUGUUCAAACUUUUGAGGAAGUGCAUUUUACAGAUGGGAAAACCUGUAGUAGAAGGCUCUUUGGAAAGUCCCCCCUUUGAGAAACCUAGCAUUGAACAGGGUGUGAAUAAUUUUGUGCAGUACAAAUUUAGCCACUUACCCUCAAAGGAAAGGCAAACGAUAGUGGAACUGGCUAAAAUGUUUCUGAACCGCAUUAACUACUGGCAUCUGGAGACACCUUCUCAGCGAAGACUAAGAUCACCUAAUGAUGAUAUUGCAGGAUAUAAAGUGAAUUACACCAGGUGGCUUUGUUAUUGCAAUGUCCCUCAGUUCUGUGACAGUCUACCUCGGUAUGAAACCACCCAGGUGUUUGGUAGGACGUUGCUUCGCUCUGUUUUUACUGUGAUGAGAAGGCAACUGCUGGAGCAGGCCAGGCAAGAAAAAGACAAGCUUCCUCAAGAGAAACGAACACUAAUCCUCACCCAUUUUCCAAAGUUUCUGUCAAUGCUGGAAGAAGAAGUGUACAGCCAGAAUUCUCCCAUUUGGGAUCAAGAUUUCAUGGUGUCUGGUUCCCAAACUGGCCAGCUGGGAAUCCAGACAGUUAUCAGCCCUCCUCCUGUUGCAAGAUCUGUUUCAUACAGUGCAAGUCCUUCAUCUCUAGAGCAACCUAACAGUGGGAAUAUGAGCCCUGCCUGCAAAGUUUCUUCUGCCCUUGAUCCAAACCUAGGGGAAAAGAGAAAAAAUAAUGAACCCUAUUCUCUGGAGGAUUCAAAAAGACCAAGGGUUGUAGGAGAUAUUCCUAUUGAGUUAAUCAAUGAAGUAAUGUCAACAAUUACAGAUCCUGCAGCAAUGCUCGGGCCAGAGACCAACUUCCUCUCGGCACAUUCGGCCCGGGACGAGGCAGCAAGGCUAGAGGAGCGCAGGGGGGUGAUUGAAUUCCACGUGGUUGGCAACUCCCUGAACCAGAAGCCCAACAAGAAGAUCAUGAUGUGGCUGGUUGGUUUACAGAAUGUGUUUUCCCAUCAGCUGCCUCGAAUGCCGAAGGAGUACAUCACGCGCUUGGUCUUUGAUCCGAAACACAAGACCCUUGCAUUAAUAAAAGAUGGUCGUGUUAUUGGUGGUAUCUGUUUCCGCAUGUUCCCCUCUCAAGGAUUUACAGAGAUUGUUUUCUGUGCUGUGACUUCCAAUGAGCAAGUCAAGGGUUACGGAACUCACCUAAUGAACCAUCUGAAGGAGUACCACAUCAAACACAACAUUCUCAACUUUCUCACCUAUGCAGAUGAAUAUGCUAUUGGCUACUUCAAAAAACAAGGUUUCUCCAAAGAUAUUAAAGUACCAAAAGCAAAAUAUGUUGGCUACAUCAAGGAUUAUGAGGGUGCCACAUUAAUGGGAUGUGAAUUAAAUCCAAGGAUCCCCUACACAGAAUUUUCUGUCAUCAUUAAAAAACAAAAAGAGAUAAUUAAAAAGCUCAUAGAAAGGAAACAAGCGCAGAUACGAAAAGUUUAUCCUGGCCUUUCUUGCUUCAAGGAUGGAGUACGGCAGAUUCCUAUAGAAAGCAUUCCUGGAAUUAGAGAAACUGGCUGGAAACCAAGCGGAAAAGAGAAAGGUAAGGAGCCCAAGGAUCCAGAUCAACUUUACAGCACAUUAAAAACCAUCCUUCAGCAAGUGAAGAGCCAUCAAAGCGCUUGGCCCUUCAUGGAACCUGUGAAGAGAACAGAAGCUCCUGGAUAUUAUGAAGUUAUAAGGUUUCCCAUGGAUCUCAAAACAAUGAGUGAGCGACUCAAGAAUAGGUACUACGUGUCUAAGAAAUUAUUCAUGGCAGACUUGCAGCGGGUCUUUACAAAUUGCAGAGAGUACAACCCCCCCGAGAGUGAAUACUACAAAUGUGCCAAUAUACUGGAGAAAUUCUUCUACACAAAAAUUAAAGAAGCUGGAUUGAUUGACAAGUGACACUGUGUUUUUUACAACCAAACAGUGUGCCUACUUUAUGGGCAGGGGAAGCUGUUCUAAGUUGUGGGACUUCAAGGUUUCUAGAAACUUCUGUUUAAUACCUAGCACUUUUUAAAAAAACCUUUUAGUUUUGCAAACAUGUAUUAUACUGAGGUUACAAAAAUUAUUUUAUUAAAAUGCUUUAUAAUGUAUUUAAUUAUGGAUAUUUUUUUUUGUGUGCCCAUUACCGUAUGUUCAUAGUAAAUUUAUCAACUACAGCCUCAGAAAACCCCACAAAAUAUGUGGGAAAUUGCACAUGUUUAGGAAUAUGAAGAUAAUUCCUAGACAACAGAUGUUACAGGUUACCUAAUGCAGUACCUAUUUGAUAAACU